UGGCUGGGAAGCGGUCACGCACAGAGCACCCCAGCAGGACAGACCCCAGGAGUCAGACAGAUACGGGCAGUUCCUGGGCUGCUGCUUUUCAGGAGAUAGAUAGCUGCAUCGAUUUGCAUAGGCAGCAGUGCUGUGCUGACAGGAAGGAAGGCUGAGCGAGACCCACAGUGCAGGAAGGGGUGAGGAGCAAACUGAAAGAGAGAAAAAGCCACCAGGCUGAACAGCAGCCGGUGGCAGGUGUCUGGGGAAGCCGGACCCACCUUCCCCUGGUGCUGCCCUGAACAUCACCCUGGCCGCCAGGUCCCAUCACAUCCACAGGUCCCACAGGGGCAGGAGCCACCAACCAGAGGGGUCCAUUUUCUACCUUGAACUUGAGCAUACAGGCAAGGAGGAAGCAAAGCUCUGCGGAUAAAGGGCUGAGCAGCAGCACGGAGGGGCUGCAUCCUCCCACCGUGCUGAGGAUGCUUUCUCUGCUCUCCUGCUCCCACACAGACCUGGGAGAGGCAGCACAAGGCCGAGGAACAUGGAUAAAGGCUGAGGAGCCUCAACUGAUGCUGUGAAUCAGCCAGGUGGACACAGGGCAGUCCAUGGGACGGCCGUGCUGCUGCCAACACAGUGCUCCUUACCCAGGGAUCACCACAUCACAGGAGGCCUCUGAUGGACGAGGCUUGGAUCAACCGCUACCGCAAGCAGCUGGUGAGGUCCAUCUCACCACAAUUCCUGGAGGAGAUCAUCUGCUACCUGCGGCGGCUGGACCUGCUCACAGCAGAGGAGGCAGAGUGGGCGCAGGAGGCGAGGUCCCUGCCCGAGCAAGUGAGGGCUGUGGUGGACCUCCUGGCUGGCAAGGGCAGCUUCGCUUCCCAGUCCCUGCAGACCUUCAUCGAGACCACCAAUUCCCAGCUCUACCUUUACAUCACUGUCUACGAACCCAUGGUGCAGAAGCACCUGGAGAGUCUCCAAAGCUACUAUGGGAAUGGCUUGGAGACGGGUUCCCUCCAGCGGCUCACAAACCUGCUGCUGGUGGAAGGUUUGACUGAUAUCCAGCAGAAGGAGCAUGACAUCCUGCAGAUCGAAGCCACUAAAGGACUACAAAAUGUAUCCAAGAGCAUUCCUCUGGAGAAGCUCUUCCUCCCUCUCUCCAAGUUCAGCAUCCCACCUCGGAUCUCUGUCACCAUCGGAGUUGCUGGGAUUGGCAAAAGCACACUGGUGAAAUUGUUUGUCUACACCUGGGCAAAAGGGGAGAUCAACAGAGACAUCAUCUUUGUACUGCCCCUCACGUUCCGGGAGCUCAACACCUAUGAGAAGCUCUCUGCUGAGAAGCUCAUCUGCUCGGCGUUCCCUCACAUCACUGAGCCCAACUGCAUCUCGGCGGGAGCCGCUAGGACCCUGCUGAUCCUCGAUGGCUUGGAUGAGUUCAAGACUCCUCUGGAUUUCUCCAACACAGUAGUAUGCACUGAUCCCAAAAAGGAGAUCCAAGUGGAUAACCUGAUCACCAACAUUAUACGUGGCAACCUGCUGCAGAAGGCUUCCAUCUGGGUCACGGCACGGCCCACAGCAGCCAGCCAAAUCCCUGGUGGCCUUGUUGACCGGAUGACAGAGAUAAGAGGUUUUGCAGCUGCAGAGAUGAAGGACUUCUUGGACCAGAUGUUCCUAGACAACAAAGACCUAUCUGGCCAAGUCCUGCAUCACAUCAGGGCUAACAGGUCAUUACACGUCAUGUGCACCGUUCCUGGCUUUUGCUGGAUUUGUGGUUCCUCAAUUGGUUAUUACUUAAAACACAGCACUGAUCAACCCCAAGAAACAACUGGUGUCCCCAAGACCCUUUCAGAAAUCUACUCCUACUAUUUUAAAAUCGCUCUGAGCAGCAACUGGCCAGAAAAGCCAAGAGAAACCCUCAGGAUCGAGCAGGCUGUGAACAACAGCAGGAAGAUAGUGGGCAGCCUGGGCAGGCUGGCCUUCUACGGGCUGCUGAAAAAGAGAUACGUAUUUUAUGAGCAGGACAUGAAGGCCUAUGGCAUUGACCUCUCCUUGCUGCAGACCAGCUUGUGCAGCCGGCUCCUGCUCAAAGAGGAGAUGCAGUCCUUCACAGCUUACUGCUUCUCCCACUUAACCCUACAGGAGUUUCUAGCAGCCAUCUAUUACUACACAGCUGCAAAGCGGGCAAUAUUUGACCUCUUCACGGAGAGCGGGAUGUCCUGGCCCAAGCUGGGUUUCCUCAACCACUUCAAGAACGCUGUUCAGAGGUCGCUGCAGGCAGAGGACAGGCAGCUGGACAUCUUUGUGCGCUUCCUUUCCGGGCUCCUGUCCCCGCAGGUGAACAAGCUGCUCUCUGGGUGGCUGCUGGUGAAGGAUGAGCACAACAGCUUCAGGAGCCAAGCAGUCAGCUUCCUCCAGGGCUGCCUGAACAUUGACCAUGCCAUCUCCUCGCGGGCAGUGAACACCAUGCACUGCCUCCAUGAAAUCCAGCACACGGAGGUCACCAAGACGGUAGAAGAAGCAAUGAAAAAUGAGAGCUUGGCUGGGAUGCUCACCCCUGUGAACUGCUCUGCCUUGGCUUAUCUCCUGCAGGUCUCUGAUGUCUGCAUGGAGGAGACGAACCUCUCCAACUGCCUCACCUACAAUGUCUGUAAGAGCCUUCUCUCCCAGCUCCUGUUCUGCCACAACCUCAGGCUGGACAAUAACCGGUUUAAGGACAAUGUGAUGGAGCUGCUUGGCAGCAUGCUGAGUGUGAAGGACUGCCAUAUCCAGAAGCUCAGUUUGGCAGAAAAUCAGAUCAGCAACAAGGGAGCCAAAGCACUGGCCAGGUCACUGCUGGUGAACAGGAGCCUGACAGCACUGGACCUGCGGAACAACUCCAUCGGCCCCACUGGAGCAAGAGCACUGGCUGAUGCGCUGAAACAGAAUCAAGUCCUGCUCUCCCUGAACCUGCAGCACAACACCAUCAAGGAGGAAGGUGCCACCUUCCUGGCCGAGGCCCUGUUUACCAACCACAGGCUGACGACCCUGCACCUGCAGAAAAAUGCCAUCGGAGCCCAUGGUGCCAGGAGAAUAGCAGAGGCGCUGAAGCAGAACUGCAGCCUGAAGGAGCUGAUACUAUCCAGCAACUCAGUAGGAGACGAUGGCUCGGUUGCCUUGGCCGAAGCUCUGAAGGUGAACCACAGCCUGCAAAGCCUCGAUCUCCAGAGCAACUCCAUCAGCAGUGCUGGGGUCACCGCACUGACAGCAGCUCUCUGCUCCAACAAAGGACUCAUCAACCUCAACCUGCGGGAGAACUCCAUCAGCAAGGAAGGGGGUCCUGCCAUUGCUCAUGCCCUGCGGACCAACAGCACCCUCAGGAAGCUGGACUUAGCAGCCAACCUGCUGUACGAUGAGGGCGGCAAGGCCAUCGCUUUAGCGAUGAAGGAGAACCGGGCACUCAAGUCCCUCCACUUGCAGUGGAACUUCAUCCAGGCAAAAGCUGCUGCAGCCCUAGCACAAGCAUUACAGUCCAACAGCAGCCUGGCCAGCCUCGACUUGCAGGAGAAUGCCAUUGGAGACGAGGGAAUGGCUGCCCUCUCCACUGCGCUGAAGUUCAAUACAACCCUGGCACAUCUGCACCUGCAGGUGGCUUCAAUUGGCACGGCUGGUGCCCAAGCCCUGGCAGAAGCUUUGAUGGUCAACAAGAGCCUGCAGAUCCUGGACUUGCGGGGAAACUCCAUUGGGGUGGCUGGGGCCAAGGCAAUGGCCAAUGCGCUGCAGGUGAACCGCAGCCUCUGCUGGCUCAACCUUCAGGAAAACUCCCUGGGCAUGGACGGAGCCAUCUGCAUCGCCACUGCUCUGAAGGGAAACCAUGGCCUCACCUACAUCAACCUGCAGGGAAACCAGAUUGGCCAGUCGGGAGCCAAGAUGAUCUCCGAUGCCAUCCGGACUAACUCCCCCAGCUGUGUCGUGGACGUGUGAGGUGCCUGGCCACAGUGACGAGGUGACCCAGUGGUUCCUUUGGCCAGCAUGGAUUUACAGGGAGCUGCCUGGGCCCUGUCUGGCUGUCGUAGGGAGGAGAGCUGGGUUGAGGAGAGCUGGGUUGAGGAGAGCUCCUGAGCUACCUGGCACAGCCCAGGAGGACCGCAGCCUCUGGAUCAGCAGCACAGGAGGGUCAAGAUUCACUUGUGUUGAAAGCUGAAGGAUAUAUGCCAUGUCCCUGCUCAUCCAGGCCCUGGGGGAGCCUCAAGGAAGCACUGAAAUGCAAAAAGGAGGGAGGAGGGGGCAGAUCCCACAUACCAGCCCUUCUUGUGUUCAUGGGUGACUUGCCACCAUCCUGGCGACAAGGACUCCCUCCUGUGAUCUCCAUGGGGUUACCGCGCUCUGCACAGACCCUGUCCCACACCAGGCACAUCCUGACCACUUGGAGCUCUGCUCUUGUCACAGCCUGAGGCACUGUGGGUAAACAUUGCAGCCAGGGCUCCAGGACUCUGCUCUCAGCACCAGCUCUUCUCUGUCUGCCUCUGGCAGGGAUCCCAGGAGGAUGAGGUGAAACUCGGGCAGGAUUCACAGCAGCCUCUUUUCACCUGCCUAAAUACAGCCCAGCCUGCAGGUUCCUACGAAAUCCCAGAGAGACAAGGAGAGGUUUGCUGAUUCCUUGCUCAGAUGAGAGUGAUGCUAUGGACCCAGGCACUUCAGAGCAGAUCAUAGGCAGUGAGUGCAACCUGUGCUGUUUGCCCUCAAUAACAGGUUGGUGCUGGCCAAGCAUGCCUGAACUGCUUGGUAGUCCUGUUCUCUAUCAAAGAGACCAGCAUCCCAAGGCACAUGCAUGGAACCACCUAGAAAAACCUUGGGAAAUGAAGAGCCCUCACGAUAGUGGGAGGAGGAGUGGGAGGGUGAAUAUAAGAGGAACAGCACUGCAUGACAAGGACUGUCUCCAGCACAUGUGUCUUGGUGUUACACCAAGACUGCUUUAAUACGAAGUUCUGGCUCUCAAGAUCAAGCUGCACUUCUUGGGUCUUGUGCUUGUGUCAUCAGUGUGACCUUGGGAUGUGGGGAUGCGUCUUCCCAAUGUCCCAGCUGCAGGCAGGGUCCAUCCCUAGCAGUUCACCUUUCUGACAGGCAGCUGCUGGAAGCAGAGGUGCUGGGUGAUGCCUUCGUGUAUGUGGCAGAGACCCAGCAACUCUCCAGAAGGUGCCAGGUUUGCAGGUGGUCCAGUAGCCAACCGCCCCCUGAGCCCCUUCCAGCCACUGCCCCCUCUCCCUACCACACCCCAGCCAGAGCCCACACUGUGACAUGCUGCUGCUGCACUCAGGGCUCAGGGACUGAGCAGGGCUCAGAUCACUCAGGGACCUCUGUGGAGAAACCUCCUGGAGAAAUGCCGAGCUGAGAGGGACAAUGUGUACAUAUUUGGGAAUAAAUCAAUUCUGAGCUGAGAAGA